CCGUCCCGCUCAUCCAGCUCGACGAAGCAUUUCUAGCUCUCGGAUGGAAUCGUUGCGCAGGGGUCCUCGCUUUUCGUCUAUUCGACUACAUUGCAGGGCGUUGGCGCAGCCGCGGCGAUGCUUCCUGCCAAAUAAUCUUCGGGUACGAACGCUACAGACGCAUUCACGUUCGAGUACAGCGUCCCGACAGCAACCUCACCCUCCGCUCGUUUUUGCCUUCGAUAUCGAUGGCGUACUACUCCGCGGGGAAACCGUCCUUCCCGCUGCAAAACGCGCGUUAGCAAGACUGGAGGGCGCGAAUCCGACUGGACUCAAGAUUCCCUACAUCCUGAUCACGAAUGGUGGCGGGAUCAGCGAAGAAGACAGGUGCCGGAAACUGUCUAAACAAUUAGGAUUCGACAUCAAGCCGACGCAAUACGUGCAGUCGCAUACCGUGCUGAAGUCUGUCGUGCACAAGUACGCGGAGAAGCCAAUCAUGGUCUUUGGAGGAAAGUUCGACGAGGUUCGCAAGGUUGCUGAAGGGUAUGGGUUUGAGAAAGUAUACACAACGCUCGACGUGAUGGCCUGGAACCCAAACGUGUGGCCAUUCCAUGAGCUCACCGCAGAAGAACGCGCAUCGACUAAGCCCGUCGACUUCUCCCGCACACCCAUCUCCGCCGCCUUCGUCUUCCACGACCCACGCAACUGGGCAUUAGACGUCCAGAUCCUCUGCGACCUCGUCCAGUCCGGCGGAAUCAUCGGCGCGCCUUACCUCCCCGUCUCCGAGCAGAAUAAAGUCGACCUCGUGUUCUGCAACCCCGAUCUACUCUGGCGGGCCGCAUUUGACCGGCCGAGGCUUGGUCAGGGCGCGUUUCGCGAAGCGUUCCAGGCUGUAUAUCACGCGUUGACUGGGAAGCGGUAUCCGUAUGUACAGUAUGGCAAGCCGAGCGAGGUAACGUACAAGUUCGCUGAGAAAGUUCUGGUCGACCGUCUGGAAGAGCUCUCAGGGCGGAGGCCAGCAGUCUCACCUGAGGUGUAUAUGGUCGGGGAUAACCCAGAAUCAGAUAUCGCAGGAGCAAACGCAGCCAAAUGGUCGUCCGUCCUCGUGCGCACGGGCGUCUUCGACCCGGCUCAAGGUCCUCCGGCGCAUACACCCACGCACAUUGCGGAGGACGUGGAAGAGGCGGUCGAGUGGGCCAUCAGGCGGGAGAUGGAGCGGGCGGGAUAGUCUGGGCCCAUACGUAUGGAUGAGGGUGGUGAUAAACAAUGUUCCAUAACCAGAGUUCGAGAGGCUGAGGACUAGGAUCCUAGAAAUGUCAUUAUAAUCACAACAAUAUCCGGAUAUAAAGUGAUGAAGGAAAAGUAGGA